GAGCUACAUUGGAGAAAAGGAGCAAAAGGUGGCGAAGAGACUCUUUGUUUGUUUUCGUUCUCAAGGAAAAGGUUAAGAGAGGAGUGAGAUGGGCAGACCACCACCACGCUGUGACCGAGAUGGUGUGAAGAAAGGACCUUGGACACCAGAAGAGGACAUAGUCUUGGUCUCCUACAUCCAAGAGCAUGGUCCAGGGAAUUGGAAGGCUGUUCCUACCAAUACUGGGCUAAUUAGAUGCAGCAAGAGCUGCAGGCUCAGGUGGACAAACUACCUCAGGCCUGGGAUCAAGCGUGGGAACUUCACUGAUCAGGAGGAGAAGCUUAUAAUCCAUCUCCAAGCUCUUCUAGGCAACAGGUGGGCAGCCAUAGCUUCGUAUCUACCGGAGAGGACAGAUAAUGACAUCAAGAACUACUGGAAUACACAUCUGAAGAAGAAGCUUGGAACUGGCAAUGAUCGACAAACGAGCAGUGGGCGCCCGAGCUGCCGUUCCAUCUCCAAAGGUAAGUGGGAGUGGUGUCUCCAAACCGACAUCCACAUGGCGAAGCGAGCUCUGAGCGAGGCCUUGUCCAUGGAGAAGUCCGAUGACCUACCUGAUUCGAUGGCCUCCUCGGCUGAGUACAACUUCAACAUCAGGCCUUCGACCUACGCAUCGAGCACAGAGAACAUAUCUCGACUUCUUGAAGGAUGGUUGAGGGGCUCACCGAAGCCCGGCGUUGCUUCGGCCUCGAGUGCUUCCGGCUGCUCCAUGUCGCCGGAACCGCUCGAGUCACUGUUUGGGAUCAACGAGUCUAUGGCGGAGACCCGAACACCGUUGUCGUUGCUCGAGUCAUGGUUGUUUGAUGAAAGUGUCGGACAUGGGCAAGAGAGCCUUCCAGACAUGGCGCCAGGUGAUGAUGCAUGUGAUCAAUUCUUGUUCUAAGGGGACGUGUUUGACGUCUUCUUUGGUGUUAGCUUGAACUGAUCACACUAAUUUCUCCUGUUGUUUUGGUCGGAAACAAGUGUAAAUUACUUGGUGUGCAUGGACUCAUUGGUCACAUCAAUCAUAUGAGAGUAGUUUUACUGUUCUUGGA